UUUAGGUGUGCUCAGUCAGCUGACAGUCGGAGGACGGAUUCGCUUGGAGGGGAGAGGAGAGACUGACUUGUUAACUUGGGCCUGUAUUGAAACCGAGCUCGGGCUCUGUUCAGUCAGGGCUGUCACAGUUCAUAAUGCCGUCAGAGAAAUCCUUCAAACAGAGGAGGACUUUCGAGCAGAGAGUGGAAGAUGUGCAUCUUAUUCGAGAACAACAUCCCAACAAAAUCCCUGUCAUAAUUGAAAGGUACAAGGGAGAAAAACAAUUGCCUGUUUUGGACAAGACCAAAUUUCUUGUCCCUGACCAUGUAAACAUGAGUGAACUGAUCAAAAUCAUAAGGAGGCGUCUGCAGCUAAAUUCAAACCAGGCCUUUUUCCUGUUGGUGAAUGGGCACAGCAUGGUCAGUGUUUCUACACCCAUAUCUGAAGUUUACGAACGUGAGAAGGAUGACGAUGGUUUUCUCUACAUGGUCUAUGCGUCCCAGGAAACCUUUGGAAUGGACACUGCACUGUAACCAUAAUCCUGGUUUGGAAUAGCUCCCUCGAAGUUCCUGUAGUGCCCCUGCCAUAAUGCAUUGCAAAAGAAAAGGUGGUUUUUCCAGCUCAGCCAGGAAUUAGAAGAGGUGAUGCAUAAAAUUAUUUGGGUAUAAAAGUUGAUAGUGUAACUGCAGUCCUUUUGCUUGUUAGGUUCUCAAAAUUGAAUACUAUAUUCUUGUAAAUGCUAGCUGCAGCAAUUUUAAGCCAAAUCCCAAUCGUGUUCAGAGAUCAUCAGGUAUCUUGUAUUGACUACAAACUUUUAACUAAAUUUAAGUAACUUUUUUUAAAAGCAAUAUUGACCAAGCAGUGCGUUUUGUUUUGAGUGAGAUUAUCAAGAAUUACAUUUAAAAAUAAACCCUACUUAAUUCCUAUUUUAAAAUGCCAUUCUUGGAGAGCUAUUAUGGCUAAUUUUCAUAAAAUGGCUGUAUUUCUAACUUUUAUCAGUCACCUAUAUGACCACCUGCAUUAAGUCUUUGCCAUGAAAUUUAAAUGGGUGUGAAAAUACUGCAAGGAGUAAUAUGCAUCCACCAACAAUGUGAGACAGGAGAGCCAUUCUUUGUGAACGAGCUGCUAAGCGGGGCAUCCAGGAUUUAAUUAGCAAGUUCUAAAAUGGGAAAGGCUUAUCGCUCUGUUUCAGUAUCUUAAUUUGUGUUCAGAAAAUACCACAAUGUAAAUGAUCUCUCAACAUGUUUCUUCAUUUAUUAUCCCCAAUCCAGGUCAAUUUUAAAAAUGCCCUUUUUCAUAUGAACAGCCAUUUGUUUCCUUUCAAAUUGAUUUCUAAUGAGCUGUUUUACAAAUGUAUCUAAUCUCGAGCUAUCCCUGCUAUUGCUCAUAUUUACUAAUUAUUGAGAAAUUACAGGCUAUUUGGAAAAUGCAUAUUCAAAAUAUAUCUAGAACGUGCUUCUUGUGAAACUGAGAAAAGUAUCAGAAUAAAAAGUUUUGAAAAACCUGUUCCGAGAAUGCAUCAUAGAUGCACUCUAGUCUGCAGAAGUAUACAUACAAAUCUUAAAAUGCUAUACUGUUUUGUGUAAGACCUUCAUAUCCUCAUUUGGACUUUCUGUUCACCUGUAAUGAAAUUAAUCCUACAUUUUAAUUUUCAUGUGUACUUGUUCUCAAGCUACUGCUUGCUUAAUUUUAUUGCUGUAUGCCAGUAUUUCUAUUGGACCAUGAAUUUGGAAUUACCCCUUUUGAAGUGCUUAGUAUCCAGAAUAAUUAGGCAUGCAGAUUGUAAGUUCAAAUACCAGUCAUAACUUCCUUUAAUUUUUCAUUUGUACAUCUAAAGGUUGUCUUCUGUUUUGUUUGCUGACGUUAAGUACUUUUAACUGUUCUCUUUACUAUAAAAUGUACUUAAAACUUAUUCUGAAGUCUUGGAGUGCCAGUGGGGCAGGACGUUUAAGAAUAUGAAACUGAAUAAGCUUGUUUGACUUGUCAUGCAUACCUUUUGUUAAUGUUAUUAAUGAAGAUAGCCUCUUCCCUGAUGUUCUGCUUUUGCUGCAUACAUUAAAUGCCAGAAGGGGUAAUAAUUACAGAUAAUGCUUUAUAGCAUCCUCAGAUUACCAUACUGUAAAGCAUUAUAGGCACUGAGCCAGUAAAGGGGUUAAUAACAUUAAACUUUAAGGGUAAUGUUAUUGCCUGGAACUGUUGUACUUUUUUAGUUGUAAAAUUAGCUACUGCUGGCACUGUCAACAUCUGGUGGGGCAUCAGCUGCAUUCUGGAAUUCUUGAUGUAAUACUGCAGAUUUAUUCGACCAACUCUAAUAGGUUUGAUGAAUAUGCAGUAUUUUAUAUCAGAACGUGGAACUGUUACUAAACCACAUUCCAAAAUCUGUUGUAAAACAGAAGCCAUGUAUUAAUGAGAAUUAUUAAUGGCCAAUGAAGCCAUGAUGUUACUAGGAAAUUGGUGCCAGAUAUUUCCAUUGUCACCAGUAUUUCACUUAGCAUCUCCUCUGUACAUUUCGUUCUGAUUGUAACAUAAAGUCAUUGAAACCAGAAUGCAACAAAAGUCCAAAAAUGUUCAACGGUGCCUUUUAAGUUUUUAAUUGUCAUUUUAAUUUUUUACUUUCGCAUUAAUUCUGGAAAUACUUGUCAUUCAAGAUUUCACUAAUGUAUAUUCUUGAGCACACAAGGAUUUGUGUUUUGUAAUUUAGAACUUUUUUUUAAAUUGUAUUACUUUGGAUCUGCUGUUGAUGAACCUGAACUGACGACUUGUAAAUAUACUGUAUAUGAUACUGUUUUGAGAUGUGUGCCUGUAUGGAAAGAUGCAUUUGCCCUUUUCAAAAUAAAUAAGAAAGGUAUGGAA